AUGGACUCUCGACUCGGUAACAUGCUCAAAAUGCCUCCAAUAUGGAAUUGGGAACAGCUUACAGACACAAUAUGGGUUGCUUGGUCAUGGUUUUGGAGUGGUGCUGCCGCACUUUGUUCGGACGUUCUCUAUUCCACAGGGCCUCGGAAUCACACCCCCUGGCUAUGCCCGCUCGAUAUUUGGGUCAAGAUCACGAUGAGUGUCAUUGGACUAGCUCUGACCUCUACGGGUAUCUGGGCAGCCGUCUCCUCGGUGAUAGAGGCCAAAACAGCAAACGAGUUGGCGCAGUGGACUUCGACCAAAGACUUUGUCGAGUUUUGCGAGUCUUGCUCGAAACAAAACACUACUCCUCCACCCGGCUUCUCGCUGCUUAGAUGGCGGUCUUUGUCAGUUAGUCUAUGGGGCUCCAACUGGACGCCAGAAGAAAGUCAACACUACAGCCUUGACAUCACCUCGAUUCUUUGCUUCGUCAUCGGUGCGAUUUUUCUGGUCAUCGUCAUUGGAACCGCUCUCAGAAGAAUCAGCUUUGGGCCAAGCCACCACUCUUCUAAUCUUCCUCUUGCUCGCUCAUCCAAUGAGCUCACUGAAAACAACGAUCGGAUUGUGCAAGAAGUCGGACCCCGUCACCGGAAAUCGACUGGCAGACGUAGACGUGAAGCACGACAAGACCGAAUCUCCCGAUACCGAACAAUCGAAAGCAAUCACACGGUAGAUGACGACACAAGCAGUGAUGAACUAUACACGCAUGGAGAGGACACGACGCGGUCUAGGUUACGGUUGCGAAGGAGGGCGAAGAGGGUGGUAACUGAUGAGAAUGUUUAG